GUCUAGUAGAUGCACACACACAUCCUGUAUGGGCUGGUGAUAGGGUGCAUGAAUUUGCAAUGAAGUUGGCAGGUGCUUCCUAUAUGGAUAUUCAUCAAGCUGGAGGAGGAAUACAUUUCACUGUGGAACAGACGCAGAAAGCCCGAGAAGACGAACUCCUUAAAAGUUUCAAAAUCCGUCUGUUACGGAUGCUCCGAGCAGGCACCACUUUGGUUGAAUGCAAAAGUGGAUAUGGUUUAAAUCUGGAAACAGAAAUUAAGAUGCUCAGGGUCAUUGAACGGGCUAAAAAGGAAUUGGACAUUGGUAUUUCUUCCACCUACUGUGGAGCCCAUGCAAUUCCUAAGGGGAAAAAUGCUACAGAAGCUGCUGAUGACAUUAUCAACACCCAUCUUCCUAAACUCAAAGAACUUGAUCUUAAUGGUGAAAUGCAUGUUGACAAUAUAGACGUCUUCUGUGAGAAGGGUGUCUUUGAUCUGAGUUCUACCAAAAGAAUUCUUCAGGCUGGAAAAGCUAUAGGGUUACAAAUGAACUUCCAUGGGGAUGAGCUGCAUCCAAUGAAAAGUGCUGAG